AUGGGAGUUUCUUGUAAGAGAUUGGAAAUGAUUCGUGAAAUUCAAGCACCAAAAAUCGCUAAAGCCUUAAAGAUUGACGAACUUGAAACACGGAUUGGGUUGAAUCAAGAACUUGGUUUGAAAAGUCCUGGAGACACUCGUUGGAGUUCUCACUACAAGACUCUUUUGAAUGUCAUGGACUUGUUUUCUGCAAUUGUUAACGUUCUACUGAUAAUUGGGAAGAAUGGUUCUUCAGAUGAUAAGGCAAAAGCUCAAGGCGUUUUGUACUCAAUAGAGUCAUUUGGUUUUAUUUUUAUGGCACAACUAAUGACCACUAUAUUCGGGUACACUAAUUAUUUGUGUCUUGCUUUACAAAGAAGAGAUCAAGAUAUUAUUAAUGCUAUGAGGCUCGUUGCUUUAACCAAGGACCAGUUACAAAAAUUGAGGGAUGUCGGAUGGGAGAUUCAACUGAAUAAGGUAAUCUCAAUUUGCAACAAUCUUGGCAUUGUUGUUCUGGAUAUGGAAGCUCAAUAUAUCCCUCAAGGAAGAUCAAAGCGUUUUGUUCAAGAUGUUUCCUAUCUCCAUCAUUUUCGGGUUGAUGUGUUUAUAAAGGUAAUUGAUUUAUUACUUCAAGAACUUGAUAACCGAUUUGAUGAGGUCAAUAUGGAGUUGAUUAGGUGCAUGGCUUGCUUCAAUCCUAACGAUAACUUCUCUUCUUUUGACAAGGAAAAGGUUCUUAAACUUGCCACUUUUUAUCCUUCCGACUUUUCAAACUGUGAAUUGAUGGCUAUUGAGUACCAACUUGAUAUAUUCAUCGAAGAUGUGAAAAAUGAUAGUGACUUUCAAAAUUUACAAGAUAUUGGUUCUCUUCUGAUGAAACUUGUUGAAACAAAGAGAGGUGUCGCUUAUCCUCUUGUGUUUUUGCUUAUCAAGUUGAUUUAG